AGGCCAUUCACAUAAAUGGGCAUAAAUACAAAAGAAAGCCAGAAAUUUAAUAAAACAAUAUUAUUGGGGGUAUAAAUUGGGUGCCUCAUUAUGUCGCUGCGGUGUCGAACCUGCGGCGAGACAGUAUACGGCCUAAAUGCAACAAAUCUUUUUGAAGGGGACAACGAUAUUGUGAGGAAGGUUUCAUUUCUGACUGGCAUCUGGAUGACCGACCAGCUAGAUAUGCCCAGGAGCAUUUGCGCUUGCUGCCUCAUGGAUCUGAACACCGCCAUCUUGUUCCGAGAGCGUUGCAUCAGGACACACGCUGUGCUGACGCAGGGCAACUGCGAGGUGUUCCUUUCUGAUGAUGUUGCCCUAAAAAGGCAUCUAGACGACCCACUAGGGAAUGAGGACGGCUUGCCACUUGAAAUAAAAUGUGAGGAGGAAGAUCAACUCUCAGAUGCCCAGCCAGAUAUAGUGGAAGCCCCGAACAGAUCUCAAGACAAGGAAACAUGUAGCAAACAUUCCUCUAGACAAAAUUCUUGCGACAGCGCCCCGGCGGACACGUUGCAUUCACCAGUGGCAGCGCCAGUCCCGUCUGUGGAGUUGACGGAAAGUCUUAUAGCGGCCGAAAACACAGAGGCUUCUCCCACGAAGGAAGCUGAGCGAAAACGUAGAAAGCGCCAGAAUCGAGUUAAUCAAAAUUAUAUUUGCGAUCAGUGCGGCAAGCACUUCAACGACAAGGGAAAUCUGAAUCUACAUUUGGUGCGCCACACGGGCAUACGAAAGUUUCAGUGCCCGGAGUGCAGCCACAAGGAGUACAGUCAGUUCCUGUUGAAGAUGCACAUCCGGGUGAAGCACAGAAGAGAGGCGCCAUACGCCUGCAAGUACUGCGACCAGAGAUUUGUGUGCAGCAACAAACGCUAUCGUCAUCAGAGAAUCCACGAAGGGCUCAAGCCGGAGAGGACUGAUAAACCUUAUGCCUGCAAUUUUUGCCCUCACAGGUGCAACAGCAUGAGCAACUUGAGGAAACAUGAAGUGGUGCACUCUGGCGAUCGUCCAUUUCGCUGCGAGAUCUGCGAUGUCGCCUUCAAUCGCAUGUCCAACUUGAGAACUCAUUUUCGUUCGAAAACCCACAAAAAGAAGACUGAAGAAACGACAAUCCCUGAGGCCGCAAUAGUCGAUCCAAACUGAAAUUGUUUACCUUGAGCAAUGGAUAAAUGCACAUUUUAUCCAAAAUAAACUUUGUUAUAUUAA